UCAAUGAUUAUUUGAAACCGAUAAUCCGAAUUCAUCUCUUUCUCUCCUCCAUUAAUCGAACCGAUCAAUACAAUUGCGGUUCGAUUACAGUUUAAUUCUGGUCUGCAAUUCGAUUCCUCAUCCUAUCGCCAUUGAUCUUUCUUUCUCGCGUGAAUUCGUUUUUCCCUGAAUAAAGCAUUUUCUGUUCUUUAUCAGGGAAAAACGUGUUCCUAGGGUUGAAGAAGGAGAGAUGAGUUUUCAGGAUCUUGAAGCGGGACGACCGCUUAAUUCCAGACGAGGUCACGUUAAUCAUCAAGAUCCAACGCAAGCCGUUGCUUCUGGUAUUUUCCAGAUUAAUACGUCUGUCUCCACUUUCAGGAGGCUCGUUAAUGCCAUAGGAACGCCCAAGGAUACUCCUGACCUUCGAGACAAGUUACGCAAAACAAGACUACACAUUGGAGAGUUAGUGAAAGAUACUUCGGCUAAACUUAAACAAGCUAGCGAAACAGAUCAUCGUGUUGAAGUUAGUGCCACCAAAAAAAUCACUGAUGUUAAGCUUGCUAAAGAUUUCCAAGCAGUUCUGCAAGAAUUCCAGAAGGCUCAGCGUCUCGCAGCUGAAAAGGAGACAACAUAUACUCCAUUUGUUCAUGAAUCUGUUCUUCCCACAAGCUAUACAGCUAACCGAAACGAUGUAGAUUAUGAUAAAACUCCAGAGCAACGUUCUCUUCUUGUGGAAUCUAGAAGGCAGGAGGUAACGAUGUUGGAGAAUGAAAUAACCUUCAAUGAGGCUAUAAUCGAGGAAAGGGAACAAGGGAUACAAGAAAUCCAACAACAAAUUGGUGAGGUCAAUGAGAUAUUCAAAGAUCUGGCUGUGUUAGUCCAUGAGCAAGGAGUUAUGAUUGAUGACGUUGGUUCACACGUUGAGAGUGCUCAUGCUGCAACAGCUCAGGGUAAAUCUCAUCUCGCUAAGGCAGCCAAGACUCAAAGAGCAAACUCAUCCCUGAGUUGUUUGUUGUUGGUGAUAUUUGCGAUUGUGCUUCUCAUCGUUGUGAUAGUACUUGUGGCUUGACCAAAACGAUAUCUCAAAUCAAACAAGGAUCGGCUCAUCGACAGGUUCUAUUAUUUAUUUAUAAUUGUGAUAUAUUGUAAGGGUAUGAAACAAUCGAAAUGAAAUGAAGUGUGAGGAGUUGUCAAUUGUUUAUUUGUAAUGGUUGGUUCCUUCAAAUGGAAAUGGUCAUAAUCAAAGAGAUGGAACAGUCUAUUGACUUGUUU